GGCCCAUAAUUCAUCGCUCUCCUUCAUUCUUGCUUUACCCUCGUCGUUAGUUUCGCUUGCUUCUGCUACUCGACUGGUUAGCAACCCGAGAGAACCGACCAGUUUGCCUCGCCGGACCUUCAAGAUGAGUCUUCUAAGAAACGGAAUCCGAUCGGCCUUCGCUCUCCGAAGCUCCGCUUCAGGACUUGGAUCUCCCCCGUUUCUCCUCCAAUCUGCGAAUCAUUUCUCCACCGAAGCAGGACGGCCUCUUUCCCCGGCAUCAGCGCCGGCAAACCCAUCCGUGGAUCCGUUCCUUCAGAAUCCUGGCACCGCAUACGGGAAAUUGUUCGGCAACACUAGGCAUACGCUGAAGACGGACAUUAUCAAUAUGCUAGAGGGCUGUGACUUGGGUCUUGAGGAUAUCAAAUUCAACUACACCCGUAGCUAUGGUCCUGUUGCAGUGCUAUUGCAGUUUCCUUCCCGUCAAGCCUACGACAAUGCAUUUAAGGUCAUUGCGAAGAAGGGUCGUUUAUACAGGCUGCAAAUGGCUAACCGUUCUGAGUGGGAUCUUCAACAGCCUUUCUAUGGAAAAACUGUUCUGGUGCAAGGAGUUCCUCCAAAUGCACAACUAGACGAUAUCGAACGCUUUUUGUCAGGCUUUGAUUUUGACUCAUCUUCCAUCCAAUUUAUAAGGCAAGGGAUGCCACCAAAUUCCAUAAGAACUGCUGUAGUGAAGUUUGCGUCCCAGGUGCAAGCAAUGAAUGCAUUGAUUUCCAAAAAUGGAGCCUUUUGUCUCAACAAUCGAGUUGUGAUGCGAGUUAUUCAGUAACGUCCGUGUUGCCUUAGCCUCGGCUACUGCAUCUUCAGUCUUCAUGGUGCUUGGGAAAGGACACAUCGAAUGUUACUGGGAGUAGUUAGUGAAGAAUUUGACAGACUUCUUUCUUUCACGUUGUUAGACACUUAAAUGAUCGCCACUUCCUUUCGGCUAUCAAAUUUCUUGCACCGCAGCUCAAGUUUAGGCUCGGAGUUGCCAACUUUUGACUCAGAGUUCAGUUUUACUAACAUUGGUUUAGUCGAAUUAUGUAUCUUCCCCGUUCCCCAUGCUAGUUGAACAGCGCAUGAGUAGGUUAAGAAAUAAAUGAGGCUUAUAGUUAAAAAGACCAUUUUCCUAACAGGGAAAAACCGUCUCCUCUAACUUUUGACACCCAAGCAGCCUUAUAUUUCAGGCACAAAACUUAGUGUUCUCAUAUGGUCUGCCAGAGAAUCCAAAACAUCAACAACUUCACCAAAUCUUCUGUUGUUUGAUCCAUCUUCUGCUCUAAAUCUACUCACCUCGUUCUUGAUCUCAACCCAACUACACCCGGGAUUCGUCUUAAGCCCUCUAUCUUUCAUCAACUUCCUCACCCUUGCAGUCUCACCCCAACACCUCUCGCCAGCAUACAACUUUGCAAGCUGCAAGUGUGUUGCGCCACACUCGGGUUCCAUCAACAGUUUUUGCUCUGCAGCUUGUAUCCCUGGCCAAACACUCCCAUGAAGCCGACAAGAAGAAAGAAGCGAGCCCCAUAUGACUGCAUUUGGAUCCAUCGGCAUUCCCUCGAUGACUCCUUGAGCCUCUUCCAGCAACCCAGCACGCCCAAGAAGGUCAACUAGGCAUGCGUAAUGGUCUACCUCAGGCGUCACGCCAUGUUCAUCUGCCAUUGAUUUGAAGUAAAUUCUUCCAUUCUCCACAAAACCUGAGUGGCGACAAGAAGAUAGAACACCGAGGAAAGUAAUGGCAUCUGGCUUCAGGUGCUGUUGAUUCCUCUUCAUUUCUUCAAACAACUCAAUUGCCUCUUCCGCCAGGCCGUGUUGAGCGUAUCCAGCUAUCAUCGAGUUCCAUGACACAAGAUCUCGAUUAUUGCUACUCAUGUUGUCGAAGACUAAAAGUGCAUCUUCUAGGCUUCCGCAUUUGCUGUACAUGGAAAUGAGGGAGUUGGCAACGUGGAGAUACGAGUCCAAACCCAUUUGAAGGGCUUGACAAUGAGC